AUGACUUCUCUUGCAACUGACUCACCAUUUACCUACGUUGAAAACGAUAGGGACGUUCUCACUGAGAUUGUAUUCCAUCUUCCUGGCGCAGAUGGUGGCGAACGCAAAGCCAAGGUUCCCCUUUACCUUGGAAAAAACAGCAAUUUGGAACCUUUUUGCAGGAUGUACAUCUCAUUCAAGAAUCUCUGCUCUCAAUGGGAGAUCACUGGUAACGGAGCUGGUAUUGCCAACCUCAAGUUCUCGCUCUUUCGACUACAUCUGGGCGGUCAAGCCUUGAACGAAUGGAAUGUGAUUGAAACCAGCGUGACCCAUCGCACUGCCGCGCAAUUCAAGAAUUCUGUUGACGAUUUUAUCACGAAGAUGUCAGCUGGCGCAAAUCCAAGGAACAGCGCAAGCCGUUUUCUGAAGUCGAUUGCCUGCAGGAAGUCUAUGAAAACUGAUGUGUCCAGACACAUUAGGCGACUUGAACUAUUGUGCUUCUAUCAUGACAUGCUUCCCGGAACAUCUCAGAAGCUAUGUGAAAAUGAUGAUAUUUCUGUCUUGACCAAGAAAGAAAUAAUUUUCCACUCGUUUCCGGCAAAGUGGCAGGAUACUUUCCGUCAACAAAAAGGAACGAUUGAAGAUCCCAACAUCACCUUACAAAUGGUCGAAACUUAUAUGCAAGCUACCAAGAUCUUCAUUCUCGUCAAGGACGUGGACGUGGACGCGGAAGUUACGGUAAUCGUCGAACCACUUCCAAUCCACCCUAUCCAAGCUAUCAAAAUCAAGGAACUCAGAAUCAAGGAUAUCGCUAUCCUCCAAGAUCUCAAGGCAACUAUCAAGGACGAUCUUCUGGAGCCAGUUCUCAAACCCAAGGACGCUUUGGGCAACGAAACCAUCAAGCAAAUUGACCUCCAAACAACCGAUCUCCAGGGAAUUUUCAAAACCGAAACCCUCAAAACCAUCAUUAUGCUGAAUCGCAUUACAAUCAAGACGGAAGUCAAGCCAAAGGCUCAGUUCCUGCUGGAACGUAUUACAACAAUCAGGAAGCGGAAUGCUUCGUUCCGGUUGGAACUGUCCCCAAAGUGGGCCAAGGCGGAAUGCCUUCUGCCGAAGAGCAGCAUGAUCAAUAUUUUGUACAAGGCCAAUUCGUCCAACCUCGUGAACAACAAGAAAUGUAUCCUCCUCCUGAAGACGCGUAUCCUCCUGAAGACUCGUAUCCUCCAGAUGACUUGUAUCCUCCAACGGAUGAUCAAGGCUAUUAUCCAUACGAUGAUGCCUCUGAACAUUACCAUUGCUACAAUGAAGCUCAUUGACCUUCACUCCAAAACAAUACUCGUUCACAAUCUAACCGUCUAA